GGUUAUUGGUCUAGAUCUGGACCUUAUUCUUGUAAGGAGGCAGUAUGAUGCAAUGGAUUUUACCAGAACCAAAUCAUUUAUGGACAUCUAUGGUUAGUUUGAUCUUGUCAUACUCUCAAAAUCUAUAAAUACCUCAAUGAUUUCUUAUCCAGAUAGAACAGGCUAUAGAGUAUGUUAUCAAAAUAGAAUUUGUUUUCUUGAUCAGAUUCUUGGGUCAAAAUGAUUAGGUUGUGAUGAGUAAUAGAUGCGGCUAUGAUCCUUUGUUUGAUUUUGCUUCCAAUAUUUGGAUUCAUCCGGCUUGCAAGUUGAUCCUGAUGUGUUCUUCAUCCUGUCAUCAUGUCAAACAAUUUUGUGAAUUUGGGUAGAUGAAUGAGGUGGUUUGGUUUGAUUUGAAGGCAUCCAUUGCAUAUAUAUCAGGAAGUUCUUAUGUUGUUAGUGGAAAUGAUUUGGAAAGAAUUAGGUACAAAGUUUGUUGUGUUAGCUUCAUCUUGACCUCCUCAUAAUCUAUAGAUAACAGGACCGUCAUAAUCCGGAUAGGAUUAUUUAUCAUGACCAGUUGCCAAGUUCCAUAUCAAACCUAGGUUCUGAUGUCUUAUAGAAGUGGCGCAGAUCAUAGAUUUGGCUUCAAUUGUGAGAUUUCAUUAGUCAAUGAAGGAGAUGCUGGAAUUGGAAUGUUGACAAUGCUUGAUUUUGAGUCACAAACAUUAGAUGUGACGUUGGAAGUAUAUUUAUUGAAAGCACACAGAAACCUUGUCAAGUUUUAUGCCCAAAGAACAGGUGAACUACAGCCAAAACAUAGACCAUCUUUUUGUAAGCAAUAGAAGCAAGGGGGAUUAGCUUCACUCUUGAGAAAGUAACAUGCAGAUGAACAUGAAUACGGAGGUCAUGGAGAUAUCUUUCCAAGUUACUCCCUUCGACCAGUGAGGUAGAAGGAAAUCAUGAACUAGUGGUCUCUCUGUACGAAUGGAAUAGUAUCUAAUGCUCUUCCCGUAAAAUAUUUGAAAACCCCACAUUUAGCUUUUGUAAUUGUCCAAAUGCUGAAGCUUCUCUAAAUGACUUCUGUUACACAAUAUAUCAGAUCUAUGAUUUUGGUUUUUCCCUGAAAUGAAAUUUUGUCGAUGUGGGGGUUUGGUUGCUGGAACAGUGGAACUUGUAGAGUUGUAGCUCUCAAUUUGUUGACGUAAGUUCAAACAGGGUACUUUGAUGGAAAGUACAAGGUCAUUUCAUCUGGAUUUUGUAUUUCUUGCUGAUGAACAUAGAUAAGAUUGAUUCAUUGAUCUAUUUUUUUGCCUUGGUUCGUUGUUCCAGCUGAGUUUUUACUGCAAGGUUUUUCUUUAUUUCAACAGAUAAAAGAUCCAUUUGAUAAUCGUCUAGUCCUUGAAGCAGUCAUGUUAACUAUACUAUUUUUGUGAGUUUGGGUGAUCGAAUGAGGUGGCUUAGUUUGAUUUCGAUGUGUCUAUUGCUUAUAUCAAGAAGUUCUACGCUUUGAAUAUGCUUUGGAAAUGGAUUUGGCAAGCACUAUGUACAAAUUUUGUUGUGUUAGCAUCUACUUGACCACCUCGUAUAGUCUAUAAAUACCAUGACCAUCAUAAACCUGAUAGAAUUAUUUUAUCCCGAUCAGUUGCUAUGUUUUGUAUAAAACCUAGGCUCUGAUUAGUUAAAGUGGUGCAGAUCAUAGAUUUGUCUUUGAUUGUGAGAUUUCAAUAGUCAAGGAGGAAGUGGGGUUAUUGAAAAUACUCUUGUAUUGAGUUUCAAACAUUUUAUGUGACAUUUGAAGUAGAUGUAUUGAAAAUGCAUGGAAACCUUGUCAAGUUUUAUGCUCAAUGAACCGUUAAUUACAGCAAAGACAUAGAGACAUCUUUUUUGUCAACAACAGAAGGGGGUGUGGCUUCACUGUAGAGAAAGAAAGAUACAUCCAGAUCAACAUGCAUAUGGAGGUUAUGGAGUUCGACACUCCCUUUGUCCAGCGAGGUAGAUAGGUGAUUCAGUGUCAAGUACAAGGUCCCCGUCCUCACCUGGAUUUCAUAUUUCUUGCUGACGAAUAUAAAUCAGGUUGAUCAAUUUUCUGCCUUGGUUUAUUGGUGUGGCCGAGUCCUUCAAGGUUUUUCAUUACAACAGAUUUAAGAUCCAACCGAUGAGCGUCUAGUUCUGAAAACCGGUACCAGUUCAUUGGUCAUUUGAGCUAAAUCUAGACCUUAUUUUGGUACAGAGGGAGUAUGAUAUAAUGGAUUUUACAAGAACCAUAUCAUAUAUGGAACAUCUAUGGUGAACUACAGUGAAAAGCUGAAGAUAUAGAGAUGUCUCUUUUGUGAGCAACAGAAGCAAGGGGGAUUAGCUUCAUCGUAGAAAAUGAUACAUCCAGAUCAACUGGCGUAUUGUGGUUAUGAGGCUUUCUUUCCAAGCUUUGACAAGAGAGGUAGAAAGUAAUCAUGAAUUAGUGUUCUCACCCCUUAAAGACGGAAUAGUAGUAUUCUGAUGCUCUUCAUUCAAAAUGUUUGAAAUUCCCACCACCUCUUGCUACUUCACUUGUCCAAAUGCCAAUGCUUCUUCAAAUGCAUUUUGUUUAACAAGAUAUCAGAUCCAAGAUUUUGUGGCUAUGUUGUUUUGUUGCUGUAACUUGUCGUUCUAGAUUGGUUAACCUCAGGCAGGGGAUUCGAUGAAAAGUACAAGGUCCUCGGCCUCAUCUGGAUUUUAUAUUCAUUGCUGAAGAAUAAAGAUAAGGUUGAUCUAUAUAAAUUGCUGACUUGCGUAAGAUCUCUCAUUCGAACAUGUAGACAUCAUUUUUUAUGGCAGGAGUGUUAUUUAUUGCUCAUCUCUUGGCUCUAUGAUAGACAAUGGAUCUGUUUCGUUCGCUUCAUCGUCAUUUCCUCAUCAUUCAUCAUACAAAUGAUUUUUCAGUUUUAUCCUCAGACGUUCGGUCUAAGUUCUCUUGUAACUCAUUCAGCUUGUGUUGCUCAUUCAGGAUGAGCAAUGCCUACCACUGUGAAUGGAUUCAGGUUUGUUUAUCCAAAAUUUCAUUUCCUGGCAAGUGCUAUUUUCUUGUGUCUGAAGGUACAUUGAUGGGUAUUCAUUAUUAGGCUCAGCUGACUUUUAUGUAUGUUUUAGAUAAUAUAGUUUUUGCAUUUUAUAAUUAGGGGCCUUGGGUUGCUCUCUUAUGAUAAAGAGAUUGACUCAUUUGAGAAGAAUCUCUUUUGUUCCUUUCGUGCUUCGGCUCUAUUGACCUAAGACAGGUUUUUUGUCUUUCUUAAGUACUUAAAUCAUUUCAGAGUGUUCAUGGAUUAUUGAUGUGAUGACACUAAGAAAGGGCUUGAAGUUUGGGAUCAUAAUGUUUACUAGACAUUGUUUUUUAAUAGAAUUAUUUGGAUCUUGGCUUAUGCAGUUCAGAUUUCUUACUCUGUUCCAUCACAGAGUUAUUGAAUUCAUCCUUUAAUGCUCACUGCCCAGACAUGCUCGGAUUUUGUGAUCAGGUUCUGAAAAUCUGUGUUUUCAACUACAAGGUCAUUGUCUUCUAGCUUUCUGAGAGAUCACAAAGUUUGCCCUAUUCAGGGUAGCAGUAAGACUGUAGCUCACAAGUUUGUGUUGUUCAUUUUGGAUAGAAAUUCUAUAUUCUCCUGUCCGAGAAUGUCUAUUCACACCUUUGCGUAUCCAUUGCUUAUAUAUAUCAGGAAGUUCUGCGCUGUGACUAUGUUGUUAGUGGAACUGGAUUUUUGACAAGAACUAUGUACAAAUUUUGUUGUGUUAGCUUCUUCUUGACCUCCUCUCAUAAUCUAUAAAUACCACGACUGUUAUAAUCCUGAUAGAAUUAUUUCAUCAUGAUCUGUUGCUAAGUUUCCUAUCAAACGUACGGAUGACCUAUAGAAGAGGUACAGAUCAUAUAUUUGACUUCAGUUGUGAGAUUUCAAUAGUCGAGGAAGGAGAUUCUGGAAGUUGAGUUAUUGAAAAUGCUUGAUGUGAUGUUGGAAGUAGAUUUAUUGAAAACACACAGAAACAUAGAGAUGUCUAUUUUGUCAGCAACAGAAGCAAGGGGGAUUAGUUUCAUUGUCAAGAAAGAUACAUCCAGAUCAACUGGAAUAUUGAGGUAGAAGGUAAUCACAAACUAGUGUUAUCACUCUGUACAAACAUAAUAGUAGAAUCUAAUAAACAUAUGAAAAUCCCAUGUCUAGCGCUAUUGUAUCUGUGCAGUCGUAUAUCAGAUCCAAGAUUUUUUUCCCUGGUAAGAAAUUUUGGGUAUGUUGUUUGGUUGCUUUCAAUUUGUGGAUUUACGCUAAGACAUCUGAUUAGGUUGAUCUAUUUUCUACCUUGGUUUACUGGUGUGGACGAGUCCUUACUGCAAGGUUUUUCAUUACAACAGAUUUAAGAUACAAUUGGUAAGGGUCCAGUUCUGAAAACCGGUACCAGUUCAUUGGUCAUUUGGUAAUGAGCUAAACCUGGACCUCAUCCUCGUAUUAGAGUAUGAUCGAAAUGGAUUUUCCAAGAACCAUAUCAUAUAUAGAACAUCUAUGAACAUUUGGUUGACUUUGCUUGCAUGAUUUUGGAUUUAUCUGGCUGCACAAGUUGGUUUGAUUUUAAGGUGGUGUUCACCUCUUAUAAUCUAUAUAUACCACGACUGCCACAAUCCUGAUAGAAUUAUUUCACCCCGAUCAGUUGCUAUGUUUCCUAUCAAAACCUAGUCAAGGAAGGAGAAGCUAGAAGUGGAGUUAUUGAAAAUACUCUGAUUUUGAGAUUCAAACAUUAGAUGUGAUGCUACAAGUAGAUCUAUUGAUGCUCUUCAUACAAAUGUUUGAAAUUCCCACCAUGGAAUAAUAGUACUUGUCCAAAUGCCAAUGCUUCUUUCGAUGCCUUUUGUUUAACAAGAUAUCAGAUUCAAGAUUUUCUGGCUAUGUUGUUCUGUUGCUGUAACUUGUCAUUCUAGAUUUGUUGAUGUAACCUCUGGCACGGUGACAAGUAUGAGGUCCUCGGCCUCAUCUGGAUUUUAUAUUUAUUGAUGAAGAAUAAAGAUAAGGUUGAUCUAUAUCAAUUGCUUACUUGUGUAAGAUCUCUCAUUCGAACAUCUAAACAACAUUUUUAGGUGGUGGGACUGUUAUGCAUUGCUCCUCUCAUGGAUCUGUUACGUUCGUUUCAUCGUCAUUGCCUCAUCAUUCGUCGAGUCUAACUUCUCUUGCAGCUAAUUCGGCUUGUGUUGCUCAUUCAGGAUGAGCAAUGCGUACCAGUGUGAAUGAAUUCAGGUCUGUUUAUCCAAAAUUUCAUUUCCUGGCAAGUUCUAUUUUCUUGUGUCUGAGGAUACAUUGAUGGGUACUCAUUUUUAGGCUCAGCUGACUUUUAUGUCUGGUUUAUUUAAUGUAGUUUUUUGCAUUUUCCAAUUAGGGGCCUUGGUUUGACAGGUUUUAUGUCUUGCUAGAUUACUUAAAUCACUUCAGAGUGUUCACUUCAUCCGUGCCUUUCUCAAGAAAUCUCGCAUAUAUCUUGAUUGGCUUUGUGUGGUAGGUGUCAAGUCUGUCAUUUGCUUUUGAUAUAUACCUUGGUCUACAUUGAUUAUUCAUCUGAUGCCACCAAGAAAGGGCUUGAAGUUUGGCUUAUGCGGUCCAGGUUUCGGACCAUUGUCUAUUUCACCGUGGCAGUUGGGGAGUUACAAU